CAUUAAAUCGCGCAGGAAGUUACUCAUGCUUUCAAGAGGAACGUGAGCGAUUUCUUUUAUAAGCUAUACAUACAUUUGACAUAUUAAAGCGGCAAAUAUGAGAGAAACUCCUCUGUCAAACUGCGAGAGAGUCUUUUUGCUUAAAUCUAUCGAGGAAAAAAAGCGCUUGGAUGGAAGGCAAGCCUACGACUACCGCAAUAUAAAAAUCACAUUCGGUACAGAUUACGGCUGCUGUACAGUCAGUCUGGGGAAAACAAGGGUGUUAGCUCAGGUUUCGUGUGAGUUGGUCCCUCCAAAAGAUUCCCGUCCCACCGAGGGCCUCGUGUUUUUUAACUUGGAGCUUUCUCCGAUGGCAUCGCCUGGUUUUCAUUCCAACAGGCAGUCAGAGCUGUUAGUGACACUGAACAGGCAGCUGGAGAGAUGUCUGAGGAACUCCAGAUGCAUCGACACGGAGUCUCUGUGCGUCAUCUCAGGAGAAAAGGUGUGGCAGAUUCGGGUGGACGUUCACAUUCUCAAUCAUGAUGGGAAUUUGAUGGACGCAGCGAGCGUUGCAGCCAUAUCGGCCCUCUGUCACUUCAGAAGGCCAGAAGUCGCCAUCCAGGGCCGAGACAUCACUGUGUUUAGCCCGGAAGAAAGGGAUCCAGUUCCGCUGAGUGUUUACCACAUGCCUGUUUGUGUGAGCUUCGCCUUCUUCCAGGAGGGCACAUAUUUGCUGGUGGAUCCAUGUGAGAAGGAGGAGCUGGUCAUGGAUGGUCUGUUGGUCUUGGCCAUGAACAAACACAGAGAGAUCUGCUCCAUUCAGUCCAGCGGAGGCAUCAUGCUACUCAAAGACCAGGUUCUGAGGUGCAGCAAAAUAGCCAGCGUGAAAGUGUCAGAAAUCACUGAGCUCAUCACUAAAGCCUUGGAAAAUGACAGACGAGUCAGGAAAGACGGCGGGAAGUUCGGCUUCGCAGAGUCCAUAACUAAGGAGCGAAUCACAGUCCUGACAAGAGAGGAAACGCCGCUGGAGAUGACGGACGUCCAGGCGACGGCUGAUGAAAUCAUCAGCAAAGCGGACGCACCUUCCGAUCUUGUGUCCUCUCCUGUCAUUGUCGCCACGGGAACUGGACAGAUCGGGGAGGGACUACAGAACACUUGGGGUUUGGACGAAGAAGACGAGGAAGAGGAGAUGUCCGAUAUAACUGAGCAGGAGAAGAAAAAAGAUGAAGUGAUGGUAAUCUCAGACAGUGAAGAAGACGACGUUGUGAUUUUGAAUGAAAAAGGCCAAAGUAAACGCUCGUAACCCUGAAGAGGAAAACUGUGAAAGAAAGAAGACCAUUCCCCGUGUUUGUGACCUCUUGCACUCUAACCGGUGUUUACAGCCUCGCGUUCCUGAAGAAGAGCAUGUCAUGAAAACUGGCUUUGUCUUCAGUGUCUUUACAUUGAUCAUGCUGACCAUUUCAUGAGCAUCAAAAGAAGGCACAUAAGAGUUAAAUAAAUCUUUCUUUUUUAUUAACACUGUUUGAUUCACUGUAUGGGGGAUGGUUUUGCUUUUGUGAACACAAACAUACUGCACUGGGAAUAUCUGAACUCUGUCAAACAAAUGUUAGGGAAAAAAUAAUAAUGUGCAAAAAAUGUGCUCCAUGUAUUAAAACAUACAAAUACAGGAUAAAUCAUUUACAUUUUUUUUUAAAUAGAAUAAAGUUACUCUAAAUAGAGUAACAUAAACAUGACGUGGUGGUGACAAGUCAGGAACCAUAUGGUAAAUGAUAAUAUAGAUAUUUAGUCACUGCCUAAAAGCAGAGCUCCAGAUGAGUGGAUGAGCAAAAUAUUUGCAAGGGCACAAACUCAACCUGAAUACAAUAAUAUUACAGCAUCUGAACCAUUGAAUUGUCAUGUCGUGUAUUUCACGACGCAUUGCAGUUACAAAUACAUAUUUAUUCCUUUCUUUGACGCCGCAUGCCAUACGCCAGAAACAACACCUCCACAUUUAUUAUGGUGUGACUCUGCUGGGUGCCUGGUGGACAGCAGUGAACCAGCGUUUUCACUUUACAUCAGUACUAUAGAGUUACCAUCCAAUAUCAAACAUAUGUCAGACAGUAGUCUGGUUAUAUCGGUCACAUCCACGCACAGCACCAUUAGGACUAAUUACCAUGCACCUGUUCCUAAUUAGAGUGCAAUCACAGUGCAUACAUAUAAGGCCUCUCAGAAACACACACACUUUGUGAAGUAUACUUUCUGUACUCUGCAUCUAACGGUACCUAGCCUUAUAUUUUGUAUCACUUUUCUGGUUUUGGCCCCGUUUGUGUUUUUAGACUGAGAGUAUUGUAUUACCUUUGAUAUCCUGUCUGUGCCUCACUCUACCACUGCCUGUUUUUCAACUCUGCCUUUGUCUCCGUUUUGGAUCUGUUUGCUAGCAUGUUUUCAAUAAAUCUCUUCCUGCAAUUA